AUGCUGCUGCUAGUAGCAAGUGAUGCUUCUUUAUCAGCUGAGGACUACUGGAAAACAGUGUUGCCAAAAACUCCAUUUCCGCAAGCUCUUGAAGGUCUUCUUCAGCAGCAUGUAGUUAUGAAAAGUGAAAGUGAUAUCAUGGAUCAUAACAUGGCCUUCAAUAAGCGAAGAAAUACAGCAUAUAAAAGCCGAUACAACAAGACCUAUAACAAGACUCGUGAUCCAGUUACAAUCGAAGAAUCCAUGAAAGAUAGAGUUGCAACUAAUGAUGGUAUGAAAAGUGAAAGUACUUUUUUGGAAGAUGACAUGGCCUUCAAUAAGCGAAGAAAUACAGCAUAUAAAAGCCGAUACAACAAGACCUAUAAGAAGGCUCGUGAUCCGGUUACAACUGAAGAAUUCAUGAAAGAUGGGGUUACAACUAAUGAUGAUGACAUGGCCUUCAAUAAGCGAAGAAAUACAGCAUAUAAAAGCCGAUACAACAAGACCUAUAAGAAGGCUCGUGAUUCGGUUACAAUUGAAGAAUCCAUGAAAGAUGGGGUUGCAACUAAUGAUGAUGACAUGGCCUUCAAUAAGCGAAGAAAUACAGCAUAUAAAAGCCGAUACAACAAGACCUAUAAGAAGGCUCGUGAUUCGGUUACAAUUGAAGAAUCCAUGAAAGAUGGGGUUGCAACUAAUGAUGGUAAAGAAUAG